AUGCGCAAUCUGAUAAUGUUUCGUCGCGGUGGUUCUCUGAGCACAAGUUCGAUGACCUCACAACACUUUGUCUCCAUGGGUGCCGCCGUCCACGCGGUCAUUCUCAUCAGCCUGCUUCUGUCUUGCUGUCUUUCAGUCGCAUCUCCGGGCAGCAGACACACUUCUAGCAACACUUCCAACACUAUCCUCGACGAUCGCCUCACAAAGGACAAAAAUAUCCCCGGUGACGCCAACCACGAAAACGCAAAUGGCAUAAAGGAUCAGGCCGGAAGCCACAAUGCGGAGGGAAAGGUCAAUGAUUCUGAAACCGAUGACAUAGAUGAGAGCGUCAGGUACGACGAAGUAGAAGCCAAUGUCAUGUCACCUGGCGGAGCCAGCCACAGCGUGGAGGGAAUGAUCAAUGAUUUUAAAAAUAUUGACGUCGAGGAGGCCGUCGACGACGAGGAUCUUGAAGCACAUGCCGACGACAAGUCAGAUGAGAGUGUCACCCAAAGCGUAGACGGAAUGAUCAAUGAUUCAGAGGACAUUUCUGAUGAGCCUGCCACUGAGAGCGAGGAGGGAAUGAUCAAUGAUUCUGAAAUUCAUGAAGUCGAUGAGAGCGUUGAGGAGGACGAUGAAGCAAAAGCUGAGAACAUGUCAGAUGAGAGUGCCACCCACAGCGAGGAGGGAAUGAUCAAUGAUUCAGAGGACAUUUCUGAUGAGCCUGCCACUGAGAGCGAGGAGGGAAUGAUCAAUGAUUCCGAAAGUCAUGAAGUCGAUGAGAGCGUUGAGGAGGAUGAUGAAGCAAACACCAAAGGCAGUUCAGACGAGAGUGCAACCGACAGCGUAGAGGGAAUGAUCAAUGAUUGUGGACUCCCUGAUCCUGAUGGCUUUGAUGAGGAGGAUGAGGACGACGAGGAGGACGAUGAAGCACUCGCCGAGGACAUGACAGAUGAGAAUGUCACCCACGGCGUAGAGGGAAUGAUCAAUGAUUGUGAACUCCCAGGUUUUCAUGGGUUUGGCAAGGAGGAGGAGGUGGACAAGGUGGAGGACGAUGAAGCACUCGCCGAGGACAUGCCAGAUGAGAAGGUUACCCACAGCGUAGAGGGAAUGAUCAAUGAUUCUGAAAACAGUGACGUCGAGGUUGCCGUCAACGGUGAGCACGACGAAGCCGAAGCCCAUGUCAGGUCUGAUGAUCCUGCUAACCAUAGCGUGGAGGGGAUGAUUAACGAUUCGGAUAUCCAUUAUGAUGAUGAGGGCAAUCACGCUGUCGACCAAGCAGAUGCGACCUUUCCCAGCAAUGUGGGAGCAAGAAACAUACAUCAUGACAUUACUGAUGUCGGCGACGCUGGCGUCAUUGUUUGCCAGGGUUAUUCCUCUUUUGUCGUGAUGGUGCUUUAUCUCACUUUCUUCUAA